UUCUCUACAAGAAGCUGUUGCUACCCAUCUGAGCCUCGCAGCCAGAGUCCUGCUGGUUCCCCAAAUUUCUAUCGGAAUCCGACUGGGAAAAUCUCCGAUAUCCGACCCCCAGCUCUGUCUUGUCUGCGAGUCUGACACCCACCCUCGUGGUUUACAUAAAGUGGUAGAGGUCGGAACAGGCUUUGCUCUAAUUUCGGACUUGACGGUUUCGCCCUUGGCAUCUCAUAAUGUCGCAAGAGAACGGCCAAGAUCCCGCCCGGAACGGCGACAGCGCCCCCCAUGCUAACGGCAAGGCGACAUACGCCGAAAAGCACAACUUAGCACCCCACUUCAUCGGUGGUAACCGGCUAGAGAACGCUCCUCCGUCCAAAGUGAAGGACUUCGUGGCUGCCCACGAUGGCCACACGGUCAUCACAAACGUGUUGAUCGCGAACAACGGUAUCGCGGCCGUCAAGGAAAUCCGGUCAGUGCGGAAAUGGGCAUACGAGACAUUCGGUGACGAGCGGGCCAUCAAGUUCACUGUGAUGGCUACGCCGGAAGAUCUCCAAGCGAAUGCCGACUACAUCCGCAUGGCAGACCACUACGUCGAGGUUCCUGGUGGCACAAACAACCACAACUAUGCCAACGUCGAGCUCAUCGUCGACGUUGCAGAGCGCAUGGACGUACACGCCGUUUGGGCUGGAUGGGGUCACGCCUCGGAAAACCCGAAGCUUCCCGAGUCACUGGCAGCGUCCCCGAAGAAGAUCGUGUUCAUCGGUCCUCCGGGCUCCGCUAUGCGGUCUCUUGGUGACAAGAUCUCGUCCACCAUUGUCGCGCAACACGCAGAUGUCCCCUGCAUUCCGUGGUCCGGUACCGGUGUCAGUGAAGUCAGCGUUGACGAAAACGGCAUCGUGACGGUCCCCGACGAUGUUUACCUCAGGGGUUGCGUGAGCUCUUGGCAGGAGGGCUUGGAAAAGGCCAGAGAAAUCGGCUUCCCCGUCAUGGUCAAGGCGUCCGAGGGCGGCGGUGGAAAGGGCAUCCGGAAGGUGAUGAGCGAGGAGAACUUCGAGCAGCUUUAUAAUGCGGCGGCCAGCGAGAUUCCCGGGUCCCCAAUCUUCAUUAUGAAGCUGGCAGACAGCGCCCGCCAUCUGGAGGUACAAUUGCUUGCCGAUCAGUAUGGCAACAACAUCUCGCUCUUCGGCAGAGAUUGCUCGGUCCAGCGGAGACACCAAAAGAUCAUCGAAGAGGCUCCCGUCACGAUUGCAAAGCCCGCCACCUUCAAGGCCAUGGAGGAGGCCGCCGUCCGACUCGGCAAGCUUGUCGGCUACGUCUCUGCGGGAACGGUUGAGUAUCUCUACUCACACGCUGACGACAAAUUCUACUUCUUGGAACUGAACCCACGUCUCCAAGUCGAGCAUCCCACCACCGAGAUGGUCAGCGGAGUUAAUCUCCCCGCUGCCCAGCUUCAGAUCGCGAUGGGUAUCCCCCUGCACCGGAUCCGGGACAUCAGGCUUCUCUAUGGCGUCGAUCCCAAAACAGCGACCGAGAUCGAUUUCGAAUUCAAGAAUCCCGAGAGCGAGAAGACGCAGAGACGCCCAACGCCCAAGGGUCACACGACAGCCUGCCGGAUCACUUCCGAGGAUCCCGGUGAGGGGUUCAAGCCCUCAAAUGGCGUUCUUCACGAUUUGAACUUCCGCUCAAGCUCAAACGUGUGGGGCUACUUCUCUGUCGGUUCGGCUGGCGGUAUUCACACCUUCUCCGACUCGCAGUUCGGCCAUAUCUUCGCCUACGGCGAGAACCGUGCCGCCUCGAGGAAGCACAUGGUUGUUGCCCUGAAGGAACUUAGCAUCCGCGGUGAUUUCCGCACCACCGUUGAGUACCUGAUCAAGUUGCUUGAGACUGAAGCUUUCGAGGAGAACACAAUCACCACUGGUUGGCUCGAUGAGCUCAUCUCCAAGAAGCUCACUGCGGAGCGCCCCGAUCCCAUGUUGGCAGUCGUGUGCGGUGCUGUCACAAAGGCGCAUAUUGCGAGCGAGGGUUGCAUCGCGGAGUACAGAACCGGUCUCGAGAAAGGCCAAGUCCCCUCCAAGGACGUUCUCAAGACGGUAUUCCCUGUCGACUUCAUCUACGAGGGCUCUCGCUACAAGUUCACCGUGACCCGCUGCAGCAAUUCGAGCUAUCGCCUUUUCAUCAACGGGUCCCAGUGCACCGCUGGCGUGCGUGCCCUCAGCGAUGGCGGCCUCCUCAUUCUCCUCAGCGGCCACAGCCACAACGUCUACUGGAAGGAGGAGGUAGCUGCCACUCGCCUGUCGGUCGACGGCAAGACAUGCUUGCUUGAGCAGGAGAACGACCCCACCCAGCUGCGGACUCCUUCGCCCGGCAAGUUGGUCAAGUACCUUGUCGAAAACGGCGCGCAUGUCAAGUCCGGUCAGCCAUUCGCCGAAGUCGAAGUUAUGAAGAUGUACAUGCCCCUCGUUGCGCAGGAGGAUGGUAUCGUGCAGCUCCUCAAGCAGCCCGGCGCGACGCUCGAGGCCGGUGACAUUCUGGGCAUUCUCCAACUGGAUGACCUGACUCGUGUCAAGCAGGCGCAGCCCUUCCUGGGCCAGCUUCCCGAGUAUGGUCCCCCCGUCAUUGUCGGCAGCAAGCCCCACCAGAGGUUCACCGUACUGUACAACACGCUCCGAGACAUUCUUCUGGGCUUCGACAACCAGAUCGUCAUGCUUGCGACUCUUAAGGACCUGAUCGACGUCCUCCGCGAUCCGAAGCUGCCGUACAGCGAGUUUUCAUCACAGUUCUCGGCUCUGCAUGCCCGGAUGCCUCAUAAGCUCGACGCGCAGUUGACACAGGUGCUGGAACGCGCAACUCAAAGACAGUCGGAGUUCCCUGCGAAAUCCCUCGCGAAGACUUUCCAGAAGUUCCUCGACGACCAUGUCCAAUCCAAGGGCGAUGCUGAGAUGCUCAAGGCCACCCUCGCACCGCUCACUGCGAUCUUGGACAUGUACGCUGAGGGUCAAAAGGUUCGCGAGCUGAAUGUCAUCGCGGACCUGCUAUCCCAGUACGCAGAUGUCGAGUGUCUUUUCUCGGGUCGCCGGCUGCAGGACGAAGAGGUAAUCCUGAAGCUUCGGGAUCAGAACAAGGAGACCAUCCAGAACGUCGUUCAGACGGUCCUCUCCCACAGCAGGGUUGCGUCCAAGAACUCACUGGUCCUGGCAAUCCUGGAGGAGUAUCGUCCCAACAAGCCGAAUGUUGGCAAUGUUGGCAGGUACCUCCGGCCUGUCCUUCGGAAGCUGACGGAGCUGGAAUCGCGCCAAACUGCUAAGGUCUCUCUCAAGGCCCGCGAGAUCCUCAUCCAGUGUGCUCUCCCAUCGCUCGAGGAGAGAACCGCUCAGAUGGAGCAUAUUCUUCGCUCGUCUGUCGUCGAGUCCCGGUAUGGCGAGACAGGGUGGGAUCACAGAGAGCCGAGCCUGGACGUGAUCAAAGAGGUCGUCGAUUCCAAGUACACCGUCUUCGAUGUCCUGACCCUGUUCUUCGCCCAUGAGGACCCCUGGGUGUCUCUGGCCGCUCUAGAGGUCUACGUGCGCCGGGCGUACCGUGCCUACGUCCUGAAGAAGAUAGAGUAUCACAGCGACGAGACCGAUACCCCGUCGUUCGUCUCCUGGGACUUCGCUCUCCGCAAGAUCGACCAGCUGGAGUACGGUUUGCCUGUGCAGUCAGCCGCCCCUUCAACUCCGGUCACGCCGAGUGACCACAGCUUCGGCCGAGUCGGCUCCAUUAGCGACAUGUCAUAUCUGACUCACAAGACACGAGAGGAGCCGACCAGGAAGGGAGUAAUCAUCCCUUGCCGAUACCUGGAUGACGCUGAAGACAUGCUGUCAAAAGCUCUCGAGACUCUCCCGUUGGCGGGAGGCGGGCGGAAGAAGCUGACGAGCGUGCUCUCCGAACUCAAUGACAGGAGGCGCCCGGCGACACCUAUCCGCACGGACAGCAUGAGCUUGGAUGAGCUAACCGCCGUCGUCAACGUUGCGAUUCGCAAUGCUGAAGGCAUGAGCGAUGAUGAGGCUCUAAAGAAUAUCGUCCCCUUGGUCCAGCAGUACAAGGAGGAGCUCUUUGCCCGCCGUGUCCGCCGGGUGACCUUCAUCUGCGGUCGCAACGACGGAUCGUACCCCGGGUACUACACCUUCAGAGGGCCCAACUACGUCGAGGACGACAGCAUCCGCCACAUUGAACCGUCUCUUGCUUGGCAGCUCGAGCUGAGCCGUCUGUCGAAGUUCAAGAUCAAGCCGGUGUUCACCGAGAACAAGAAUAUCCAUGUCUACGAGGGCAUUGGCAAGGAUGUUGACACGGAUCGGCGGUUCUUCACUCGCGCUGUCAUCCGGCCUGGUCGACUGAGGGAUGAGAUUCCCACGGCCGAGUACUUGAUCUCGGAGGCUGACCGCGUUAUUAACGACAUCUUUGACGCCCUCGAGAUCAUCGGCACCAGCAACUCGGAUCUGAACCAUAUGUUCAUCAACUUCACUCCGACGUUCCAGCUGCAGCCCCAGGAAGUUGAGCACUCGUUGCAGGGGUUCUUGGACCGGUUCGGCCCCCGUGGCUGGCGCUUGCGCGUUGCCCAGGUCGAAAUCCGCAUCAUCUGCACGGAUCCGGACACAAUGAGGGCGUAUCCCCUGCGUGUCAUCAUCACCAACACGUCCGGAUACGUCAUUCAAGUCGAGAUGUACGCGGAACGCAAGUCUGAAAAGGGUGAAUGGAUCUUCGACUUCAUAGGCGGCACCAAACCGAUCGGCUCCAUGCACCUGCUCCCUGUCUUGACGCCUUACCCAACCAAGAACUGGCUGCAGCCGAAGCGCUACAAGGCUCAUCUCAUGGGCACUCAGUAUGUUUAUGACUUCCCGGAACUCUUCCGUCAGGCAAUCCAGAACAGUUGGACCGAUGCUGUCAAGCAGAACCCCGACAGGGCAAGUAAGCAGCCGCCCGUGGGUGAAUGCAUCGACUUUCACGAGCUCGUCCUGGAUGACCAGGACGAGCUGGCCGAGGUGUCCCGUGAGCCCGGCACCAACAGUUGCGGCAUGGUUGGCUGGCUGAUACACGCUCGCACACCCGAAUACCCUAAGGGCCGUAAGUUCAUCGUGGUUGCGAACGAUAUCACCUAUAACAUCGGUUCCUUCGGCCCGAAGGAGGACAACUAUUUCUUCAAGUGCACCGAGCUGGCCCAGAAGCUGGGUAUCCCCCGGAUCUACCUCUCGGCCAACUCGGGUGCCCGCCUGGGCCUCGCCAACGAGCUGAUGCCCCACUUCAAGGUCGCCUGGAAUGAUGCCGAGAAGCCCGAGGCAGGGUUCAAGUACCUUUACCUGGACGACGAAGCCAAGCGGCGAUUUGAGAACGAGGUCAUCACUGAGGAGGUCACGGAAGAUGGCGAGAAGCGCCACAAGAUCGUCACCAUCGUCGGGCGCGAAGACGGUCUGGGCGUCGAAUGCCUGCGUGGGUCUGGUCUGAUUGCGGGUGCCACGAGCAGAGCUUACAACGACAUCUUCACCUGCACACUCGUCACCUGCCGCUCAGUUGGUAUUGGUGCGUACCUUGUACGCCUCGGCCAGCGUGCUGUGCAAAUUGAGGGCCAGCCCAUCAUCCUCACAGGUGCACCGGCGCUCAACAACCUUCUCGGACGCGAGGUCUACACGUCCAACCUGCAGCUUGGCGGCACCCAAAUCAUGUACCGCAACGGUGUCUCUCACCUGACUGCCAACGACGACUUCGCUGGUGUCUCCCAGAUUGUCAAGUGGAUGUCCUUCAUCCCGGACAAGCGCAAUAGCCCGGUGCCAAUCAGCCCGAGCAUUGACGAUUGGGACCGCGAUGUGGUCUACACCCCGCCGCAGAGGCAGGUUUACGACGUGAGGUGGAUGAUCGCCGGCAAGCAGGAUGAGGACGGCUUCCAGCCCGGCUUGUUCGACAAGGAUUCGUUUGUCGAGACGCUGGGCGGCUGGGCCCGCACCGUUGUAGUGGGUCGUGCCCGCCUCGGCGGCAUCCCCAUGGGUGUCAUCGCCGUCGAAAACCGGUCGGUCGAGAACGUCACGCCGGCCGACCCUGCCAACCCCGACUCGAUCGAGCAGGUGGUGAACGAGGCUGGCGGCGUAUGGUACCCCAACUCGGCGUUCAAGACGGCCCAGGCGAUCAACGACUUCAACAACGGCGAGCAGCUUCCGCUCAUGAUCCUGGCCAACUGGCGUGGCUUCUCCGGCGGUCAGCGCGACAUGUACAACGAGGUUCUCAAGUACGGGUCGUUCAUCGUGGAUGCCUUGGUCAAGUUCGAGCAACCUGUCUUCAUCUACAUCCCGCCGUUCGGUGAGCUCCGUGGUGGCUCAUGGGUCGUCGUGGACCCGACCAUCAACCCCACUGCCAUGGAGAUGUAUGCUGAUGUGGAGGCUCGGGGUGGCGUGCUGGAGCCCGAGGGCAUCGUCGGCAUCAAGUACCGGAAGGACAAGCAGCUCGAGACUAUGGCCCGCCUCGACCCGGUCUACUCCAGCCUCAAGAAGCAGAUGGCUAAGGAAGGGUUGUCCAAGGAAGAGAAGGAUGCGAUCAAGCAGCAGAUGACGGAGCGCGAGCAACAGCUUCUGCCCGUCUACCAGCAGAUCAGCCUGCAGUAUGCCGACCUGCACGACCGUGCUGGGCGCAUGAAGGCCAAGGGCGUCAUCCGGGAGGUGGUGGAGUGGCGCGAGGCCCGCCGCUUCUUCUACUGGCGCGCGCGCAGAAGGCUCAACGAGGAGUAUAUCCUUCGCCGUAUGGCCUCCGCCACAUCGUCGGCGGGUCUUCACGGCAAGGGCGCCCCCACGCCCUCGUCCUCGGCCCAGGCUCGCAGCCGUCACCUGCACCUUCUUGAGGCAUGGUCCGGCAUCCCCAACUUCGACACGAACGACCGGGACGUUUCUGUGUGGUAUGAGGAGCAUAGGAAGCUGGUCAGCGAAAAGAUUGAGGCGCUCAAGAACGAGGCCAUCGCGGGCGAGAUGCGGGAGCUGGUGCGUGCCGCAAGCGAGGUGGCCCAGCCUGCCACGGAAAGCGCGGCGUGGAAGGGCGUGCGCGACAUGCUGCGCACCAUGCCGGUGGAGGAGAGGGACAAGGUGCUGGAGUAUCUGAAGCAGGUUUGAUGGGGGAUGAUGGAUGAUGAGGAACAGCAAGUUCAACAACAUGCGGGUUUCUAUUUCGGAAAAAAACAAACUUGGCGCUAGUACAGAGUUUAGGCGAGCAG